AUGGCCACCCUCGACUCCCUCAAGCUAGCCUUGAAGCAAAGUAGCCGUGAAGGAGCCCCUACUCAGAGACUGCGGUUAUCGGACAAGCAGUACCGCGAUGGCUUCAACAUCAUUGCAAAAGGUCGGGAGUCCAUGAUGUACAAAGACUUCAUCAUCCCUCAGCUUUGUCAUCUGCUUCCCUCACUCUUUCAUUUACGUGCCAACGUUUCAGUAUUGGAGAUUGGACCGGGUCCAGAGAGCGUACUCUUCAAUCUGCCUGAGUAUCUCAGACAGCGAAUCACGAAAUACACCGCGUUUGAGCCCAACAAAUUGUUCGCCAAAAAGCUUGAAGCACGGCUCGGUUCUUCUACGGGAACCGGAUCCUCGUUGCCAGGUUUGGAUAGCCCGGCCAUCGUACACCAAGAUUCAUUCGACUCAUACAGUCCCCAUGCAAGUGAUACAGGUCCCGAUGGGUACGAGAGCAAUGAGAAAUUCGACCUCAUCCUCUUCUGUCACAGCCUGUACGGCAUCAAUCCCAAGAGAAGUGUUAUUGAUAAAGCAUUGGGGUUUCUUGCUGAAAAACCUGCGAGCGGCAUGGUUGUGGUGUUUCACCGUGAAGGAUCCCUGCGACUUGACGGAUUGGCAUCCCAUAAAACGGCUUCUUACCCAGUCGGGACCGUUUGCGUGCCAGAUGACAACAGGUCGUUGGACCGAUUUGCAGCCUUUGUUGCAGGCUUUACCUUGCCGAACGAUGAGGCCAUUCGAACUGAUUGGCGAAAGACAUGCCGUGACUUAGGGCAUCGUGACCUAUCCCACCCAGGCCAGCUCGUGUUUAGCUCGCCGGAUAUGAUGGUCGCUUUUCAAAAGUCCGCCACCGCAUUGCUCGAGCUCGACCAAGAUGUGCUAGUUAUUUUUGGGAAUUUACAUGUCAAAAACCGAGAGGCUUGUUUUCAUCAUCCAGCCUGCAUCGCUCAACCAACAGAUCUUGAUCAAAUUCAGAAGUGCGUCCUAUGGGCUUUGAAGCACAAGAUCGAGCUGACCGUCAUCGGUGGGGGCCACAGCGGUCAUUGCUUAUGGCCCAAUGUCGUUGCAAUUGACAUGUCAGACUUUCGGUCCAUAUCCUUUGAGACUAACAGUGAAGACAAUUCCGACAUGGCUUCUUCUGAGGGUGACUUUACUCCUGAACCAUUGCUCGUUGUUUCAGCCGGCUGCACCACGGGUGAUAUAAUCCACAGGGCCAUGGAUAGGGGCCUGACAGUACCGCUGGGGUCUCGGCCCAGCGUUGGCGCGGGCUUAUGGCUGCAGGGAGGUAUUGGACAUCUAGCGCGGCUUCAUGGUCUUUCAUGCGACUCUAUAAUUGGUGCCAUUGUUAUUGACGUCAAUUCUGGUAAGAUCUUGUGCCUAGGCUUCGUCUCGGGUGCUCAUUGGCCCCCCGAGUGCGUAUUUCCAGAAAACUCAGUCGAAUUAUUAUGGGCGCUUAAGGGGGCCGGUCCAAGUGUUGGAAUUGUUUACAAAGUUGUUUUCAAGACCUACCAAGCCCGCACUUACUCAGUUCAAGACUGGGUUGUCCCUCUGUCUGAUCCUGUUGAAGUCAGUGUCAAGCUGAAUGAAAUUGGACUUGUUGCAGAAAAAUUACCUCGCAACUGCUCCAUAGACGCAUAUCUGUACUGGGAUCUUGAUCGGCUGAAUAUUGGUGUAACAAAAUUUGAAUCUCAUCCUGUUGAAGUCCCCUCGACUACACUGAUGUCCAGCCUGCUGGAUCUUGAUCCAAUUUUGGGGCAGGGAACUGAAAUCAAAACCAUGGAUGGUGUCAAGUUGUUUGACGCUGAGUUUCACAUGGCACAUAUGCAUGGAGGUCAUGUUUUUGGCAAGACCUCUUCUUUCAAGAGGUGUUUGUUCCUGAAGGAUCUCGGGGAAACUGAUGUUAGCUCCAUUUUGACAUCCGCUUUGAAGAAUCGCCCAACAGAACUCUGCUAUUUCCACCUGCUGCAGGGAGGUGGUGCUGUUCGUGACCAUGCACCAAGAGAAACUGCUUUCGGUUGUCGAGACUGGGAUUUUGCUUGCGUGAUCACUGGGGUCUGGCAUCGAAAAGACGACAGUACACCGGUUGCUCGAAGGGUCGUCGAUUGGGUGUACAGGGUGGCCGAAGAUCUACUGCAACUGGGCUGUGGAGUAUACCAUGCAGAUCUCGGACCAGAUCCUCGCGAUGCCGUGCUGGUAGCCAACGCUUUUGGACCAAAUCUAGAACGCCUAGCCGGGGUCAGGAACAGGGCAGAUCCACAUGAUAUCCUAGCAUACACUUUUCCAAUCUCUAAGUGGAAAAACCAGAAGGGACAUAAGCUCGUGUUUCUCAUUUCAGGCAAAAGCUGCGCUGGUAAGGACUAUUGUGCCGCUAUCUGGGCUUCUACCUUGCGCGUGCGCAAGCAAAUGUCUUUUGAAACCCGCGUUGUGAGCAUAAGUACUGCAAUCAAGAUGGCCUAUGCGGUCGCUACUGGUGCAGACAUCACUCGGUUGCUCAAUGACCGUGCCUACAAAGAGCAGCAUCGGCCAGCGCUAUCUUCAUUCUUCAACAGCCAGCUGUUGCAGCAACCUCGAUUGCUGGAGGAGCAAUUCGUUAAUCUUGUCAAUGAAAACCUUGAUGUCGACGUGCUUUUCAUCACUGGAAUCCGAGACAAGGCACCAGUCGCAAAUCUCUCACAUCUAGUUCCUGACAGAAAACUGUUUGAAAUUCGUGUUCAGGCCAGCGACACCGCACGACAAACUCGAAAGGGCAUCGAUAACAGUGAAUUUGCUCACGACUAUGAGAGCUCAAGCCAUACUGACUCAGGCUGGCGCCCAAAUCUAGUCUUCAACAAUGAGACGACGGGAAGCGAGGCAGCUGAACAAUUUGCAAUCCAGCGUCUCUCUCCUCUCCUCCAUGGGGAUACUCAGCGUCUAGCUAAUAUGGUGCGGGUAGUGCCCGACUUUCCCAGUCCAGGAAUCAACUUUCGACAUGUGCUCGGCAUAGCUCAACAAUAUGGGGGACUAGUCCUCUGUACGUCUUUGUUGGAAUCUUGUAUUGACGAUUGGGAACAAAUCGAUAUCAUGGUAUCCUGUGAGGCAGGCGGCUUUGUCUUUGCUUCACCCUUGGCCUUGCGAGUCAAAAAGCCAUUGGCUUUGAUUCGGGCUGGUGGCAAAGUACCACCACCGACAUACUCCGUCUCCAAAACGGCUUCCCACAUCUCAGAUCCUCUUCACUCAAAGGAAACCAUUAUUGAGCUUGAAAGAAACGCGAUUCCCAAGAGGGCUUCGGUAGUACUGGUUGAUGAUGUCUUGGCCUCGGGGAGGACCAUGUGUGCGAUGCUGCGGCUCUUGGAGAAAGCUCAUGUCCGCAUGAGAGAUGUCAGCGUUUUGGUGGUGGCAGAGUUUCCUAUCCAUGCUGGCCGAAGAUAUUUGCAUCAGUGUGGGUUUGGGAUGGUCUGUAUCCGAAGCCUUUUGGUUUUUGAUGGUGCGUAG